GCUCCGUCAGGGCGUGGGGCGGUCGAGCGCGGUGCGGGGAUUUCCGUUCUUUUUUUCUCCGCAGGGUUCGGGCCGGCGGAGCGGCAGGAGCAGCAGCAGCAACAGCAGCUCAGGGCAGGUCCCAUAAUGACAGUUCCCUUGAGAGGCAGCCAGCUUCUGCAGAAAACUUGUUCCAGCACUGAGCGCUGCAGAUACCUGAAGUCUGAAAAGAGAAGGAAAAAAGCCAAUUUCUCGCUGUCUAGCCAAGUUUGUUUAUGAGAUUGGAAAUAACUGUGAUCUCAAGCAUCCGUCUGCAUGCAGAGGGUUUUCACAGCAGAUAUUCAGCUUUGGUAAACGGAUUUGCGGAUUUGCAUGGGGUAAAAAUGGAGGCAGAAAUAAACUUCUGAAAACUGAGCCUCAGUCCAGAAGUGAUGGCUUCCCAGCUGUACGCAUAUGCUUUCAAUAUCUCCUCAGUAGAGAAUAGGAGUCUGUGUAUAAAUGGCACACCAUGGAUUUGGCAUCUUCUGGAAGAAUGUGUCGAGAAUGCGUGGGAGUACUGCAGCAUUGUCACAGGGCUGAUUUCCAUUGUCUGCUUUCUGUUUGCUGCACUACCUCAAAUUCACGUUGCCUGUCGGGAUGGAAAGGUGGACCAAGCGCUGUCUUUGGGCUUUCUGCUGUGUUGGAUGGCUGGAGAUCUCACAAAUCUGAUAGGCUGCUACUUAACAAAUCAACUGCCAAUUCAGACUGUCACUGCCAUCUCCUACGUUAACAUGGAUAUCGUUUUGAUUUCACAAUUUGCCUAUUGCAAGCUCAAGAAUCAGAAGAUGAUGAAAGGCAGCAAAAGGCUGAAGAAUUUCUGUAUAACCUGGAUCUUGAUGUGCAUAACCCUGUGUAUUGUUUUACCCUGCCAGCUGUUAAUCAGAAAGCAAGACCAGAGUUCAGCAAUGGAAAGAAAUAAUAACUCUCUUGAUAUGAUUGAAAUGUCAGGCUUCGUUUGUGGCUAUAUAUCUUGUGUGUUUUACUUGGGAAGUAGAUUUCCUCAGCUGUAUAAAAAUUUUCAGAGAAAGUCAACAGAAGGCACCUCUUACCUGCUGUUUGCAUUGGCCAUGCUGGGAAACUGCACGUAUGGCCUCAGCCUUGUCCUAAAGAUGCCUGCUGCUGGAUCUGUCCGGGCCCUCUACUUUUUACACCAUCUUCCAUGGCUCCUUGGAAGCUUUGGAGUUUUGUUCCUGGACGUUUUUCUUGGUGGCUAACAGUGAUAGUGUUUCAGUCCAGAUUUGUCCCAGCCUACCAUCUGCUUUCUGCAAUUUGAUCCCCUGUUCACCACAUCCUUUCUUACCCAUGCAGCUAUUAAAAUUUGGGGAGAUGCUGUGCUGUGAGUACAAUAAGGCCUACUUGAAAAAAGAAAGAAAGAAGAAAAGAAAAAGAAAGAAGCAGAAAGUUUAAGCAGCAGCUAUAUAUGUAAUAAAGCUAAUUUGCUAAGCUUAAGAAGAUGAUUCCCCAAAUAAUACUAGAGAAAGACUUAAAAAGAGUGCUGAUCUGCUGUCUGUGAAGGAAAUCCUGUCUAAUCUUUAGCUGGGGGGCCAGAGAGGUGGGAUGCAGGAAAGCUUUGGGAUAAGUAGGACAAUUACUAGGGCUUUGCCUGCGAUGGAGACAACCUCCCCUCUUUCCAGGCCUCUCUGAAGACAAUUUUCUUAAAAAACAAAACAAAAAGACCACCAUCACUUAUGGAAAGACAUAGCUGGGUAGGUUUGUGUUCUAUCUUUAUCUCACAAAUGGUAUCUCUAUUAGAAAACAAAGGGUUUUGUGUCAACGUUGGUGCUUAACUAUCUGGCAAAAGGAGUGAAACCUCUCAUCCUUUCCAGGUGCACAUUCCCAUUUAGCUAAAGGUUGGGUUGCUGAAAGCCAGGAGGGUUGCUUCAGAGCUGGAGCUAUCAAGAAAAAGACCGACUACAUGCUUGUUAAUUCUUUAUAGAUUAGUAGCAUUUCCAGUGGUCUGUUUUACAAUAGAAAUAAACACAUCUAAUUGCACAAUUCUGUGUUGAAAACAGCAUUAAAUAUUGAGUCCUGGCAUUGUCAGGCUGUCAGUGCCUGUAAAUCCCAAAUGAGGUGGAAUUUUGUGGAAAAUGA